GGCGACUCGUGGCGCGUGUUGCUUCUCGGUCCGGCCACUGUGUCACCUACAAUGUUUGAUCACGGAAAUGGAACAUACGAGUUCUUGUUUCUUGUUAUGGACCCAGGGGUCUAUAAGUUGGAUAUUACUCUGGACUAUAGCUUAUGUGACGGAUAUCGAGAACCCCCGAAAAACUGGUUUAUAGUUGGGAAUUCGCAUGGUAAAUUACAGAAAGAAGGAAUGCUUGGAAAGAACCGAGCCAGAGAUGAUUACCUUCUUCAACGCUUUCAAGAUGGAAAGCUUAUUAUGAUCAACAUUCCGUUACCUACAGCUGGAGGAACCUAUUUAAUAAACAGACUAAACAGGCAAUCAAAAAUGAAUUCACAGAGGAUAAGUUUCCUCCUAGACUUUGACUUGACCUGUGGAGUGAAGUGUAACUUCAUGUGGGAUGGGUUUGGGAGGUGGCUUGGCAAAAAUUGGAGACCUUACCUCACAGAUAUUUCUAACCACUCCCGAUUCAAAAGUACGUCUCCUCGUAAACUAGGGACAUUGUGGCUUUUCGGUGACUCAAAUGCUGAGAGAUUAUACGUAUCAUUGAAGGAUGGGCCGCUGUGCAAUGAAGUUUUCAAAAUUUGUAAUUUAAGUAAAAUGUGGGUGUACCCGUGGCCGAGCAUACAGCCAGUAGCCUGGGACGACAUGGAUUUUGAACCCCAGCAAAUCUUAGUUCACAUCCGAGAAGUCCUGGAACGACCUGAGAUGAACGAAAACAGCGCAAUGAUUCUGAAUUUGGGCCUGCAUUACAUGGAGAGCACAAGCUUAGCCAACUAUCGGAUUCUGCUAAAAGGAGUGAUAGAUCUUUUAAACGAAAGGAACAAGGGAAAUGGUGAAUUAAGGUACAAGACUCGCGUUAUUUGGAAAACCACAACUUCAAUGAAUAAAGAGAAAGACAUUGAAAGUCGACUAAAGAGUGACUGGCAGCGAUUUCUGAACCCAACGAGAGUGAUACUAUACAAUACCUUUGCCACUUCCCUUAUGUGCCAGGCUAACCUCGAGGUCCUCGAUGUUUACCCAUUUACCAGGUCCUACCCAGAAGGGACCGGAGGACCCGAGGUAGCACAUUACAAGGAACACGAUACCGUUCAUUUUAAGUACAUUGCCAUGAAGCCAAUUGAUAUCUUUUUGGAAGAUUACUUUCGAGGCAAAGUAUCGCGUUCGAUAAAUUUAACGAAUUACGAAUUUUCUUGA